UACUCUUCAUCCUCAGUGAGACCAACCACAUCAGGUCGAGAUAGACUCAAGCUACUCAAAUAGCAAGCUGGUAUCAAGAUGCCUAACACCAACAGAAUCAUUUUGGAGACGAGGAAGGCAGAAAAAGGAAAAAAGGCCAAAGUGGUAAAAACGCCCACAGCAGAGAAGAUCCCAGGGUAUGAGACAAAUAUCCCUGAACCCAAAUGUAGAGCUGAUCUUAUCAAAUAUUGGAUUAACUUGUCUCUGGAUGACAAAACAGCCAAUAAAAUGCUGUGGAUCACAGAAGGUGGUGCCAAAGUGGCCAGAAUGACUGAUAACCUCACGUGUCCUGUCUUGGACAGACCAGAGCGAUAUGAGUACGCUCCACAGGUUCUUUGCAAAGAGGGAAUCCUGGGAAGCCGAGGCUACUGGGAAAUGGAGUAUUCUGGAUGGGUUGUGAUUGGAGUCGCAUACGAAGGAGCUGGAAGAAGGAACAAGGAUGGGCCCUGUGGCCUGGGAGAAAACGAGGAGUCCUGGGGUCUCGGCUGGAGUGGUUCCAGCUAUCAUGCCUGGCACAACGGUCGCAUUACACAGAUUGUGGAGCUUCCCAGGUGCUCCACAAUAGGUGUAUAUGUUGACCAGCCUGUUGGUGUCAUUAAUUUUUAUGCUGUGGAGGAUGUGAUUGAGGGAGGAGAACGCAAUGGGAAAAAGGAGGUUAAACUUCUGAAGCAGUUUAAGAGCUCCUUAAAGGAGAAAAUGAUGCCAGGUUUAUGGGUAGGAACAAACUCUGACUGUGUAAUCAAAAAGAAGGAGGAAUAAAGGAGUGGAAGCAUAGAGGCAGAUUAUAAUCAUAUCUAAAAUUGAGUGGAGCUGAACUCUUGUUGGGUGAGGAGUGAAGUAGCUGUUAUCCUAUUGCAAUAAAGCUGCAAUAAAGCUGUUUUAUAUUUUACCAAAACACUACAGUAUCUCUGAGGAAAACAGAAAAUUUUUAAAAAACAUUUUAAUCAAGGGAGCAAAGUGCAAUUAGAAGAUAUUCAGAAAGGAGUCACCUUCUGAAUGCUGUCCACACUGUUGGAUUUUUCUGAAAACACAGGACCACUCAAGGUUUAUACUAAUAUAUAUGUGUGUAUUUGUAUUUCUCUAUUGUUAUUGUUUGCUAAGAAUGUAUAUUUAGUUAGACAUAAGUGUAUGUAAAAUGUUAAAUAUGAAAAAAUGUUAAUCAAAAAUAAAGUAUGGAAAAAGGAGACUUUUUUUCUUUUUUUUGCUAAUGUGAAUGUUGCUAUAGUAUGAAGACAGCAAAAAUAUGCAAAAAAAACAAAAACAAAAAGUAGGGACAGAAUCAGGAUUUAAGCAGUACAGAAGUACACUCACAAGGUGGAUGUUAGACUCAUUGUAAAAUCAGACCAAGUACCAAAUCUAAUUGUGAUUCCCCAGAGUGCUGCUAUGGAAAUUACAUAAGGCUGGUGUCUAACUGUGUAGUAGGUAUAAAAUUUCAAUUGGCAUAAAUGAAAUAUAAAUAAAUAAAAUCCAAAAGGGAUAUUGCAACAGACUUAAAAUGAUUAAUCUAAAUAUUUGAAUUAAAGCUUAUUUUCUU